UAUGUGUCAACAGGGGAAAGCAAUCGUAUGCCAAACCGCAGCUGCGUGUCAAAAAUGCAAGCAGUUAAAGUGGAGGUACUGAGCAAGAGAGCGCGCGCCGACCGGGUUCGCGGAGUGGGAGCUGCUUGAUUUCUGCGCCGCGCUCUCAUUUUUCCCCCAAACUGGAUACCCCGGGUUCACUGCAGCGUUUCUUUUCCGUUUUUUUACUGGAUGGAUAGCAGCGCCAAGCGGAUUAAUAAUAAUACAAAACACCACAGGCACUCUUCUUUCUUUUUCUUUUCUUUCAUCCGGAAACCUCCGUCUGUUUGCCUCGCCCGCCAGCAGAGCCGGCUCCGUGCCUGUGUUGCUUUUGCUUCUUCACUCGCAGCUGGGGAUUCGUUCCUGUGGAGCUGAAUGCGGGAGUCCCGCGAGCGAGUGCUUUCUGGGACGGAAGGGGCAGCGUGAAGAGCGACCGGCUCCAGAGGAACAAAGGCAGGCGGCGCACCUGGACAUCAGGGGAGCGGCGUCCGGAGGAUGGCCAGCGAGCCGGUGAUACUCAACGUGUACGACAUGUAUUGGAUCAACGAAUUCACCACAUCAUUGGGAAUUGGGGUCUUUCACUCAGGAAUAGAAGUAUAUGGAAGAGAAUUUGCCUAUGGUGGCCAUCCAUAUCCAUUUUCAGGGAUUUUUGAAAUUUCACCAGGAGAUGCUUCAGAAUUGGGGGAAACUUUCAAAUUUAAGGAAGCCAUUGUUCUUGGCAGCACGGACUUUACUGAAGAGGAUAUUGAGCGCAUUGUGGAGGAGCUUGGAAAGGAAUACAAAGGAAAUGCCUACCACCUCAUGCACAAAAACUGCAAUCACUUUUCAUCUGCAUUGUCAGAGAUCCUCUGUGGAAGGGAGAUCCCUCGCUGGGUGAACCGCUUGGCAUACUUCAGCUCCUGCAUCCCAUUUCUCCAGAGUUGCCUGCCCAAAGAGUGGCUUACACCUGCUGCAUUACAGUCUAGUGUCAGCCAAGAACUGCAAGGCGAGCUGGAAGAGGCUGAGGAUGCAGUGGCUUCUGCCUCUGCUUCCUCUUCAUCUGCGUCUGCCUCCAAGCCCACAAUGGUUCCACGGCCAAACCACCAUGCAAAACGAUAACUCGGGAAGAGCACAGUGACUGAAUGUACAACCUCUGAUUGUGCUUGACAAGAUUUUUGAGUGAUUUGGGGAGGGUCUAGAAUUUUUCUUAAUCAUUUGGAUGUGGGUGCAGAUAUUGUGGGAAUAAACCAAUACCAAACAUUCCUUUUUAUUAAAUAGAAAUAUAUAGGUUUUACUACAAGAUUGUUUUAAUUUUUUAGUUCUCUGGCCUUUCAGUUGUAAACUCAGGAUCAUAAUUUUGUAGUCCCGUGAUAAUCAGUGUUCUCUGGUAGAGGUCAACAGUUGCCUCUGGGGAAAAAAAAUAUAUUUUUGUUUACAUGGUUCUUUUCCACGAGGUUAGAGUCAGUAAACAGUAUUUAUGGACUGUUUACAGAUAUUAAGUGCAUAAAAUACUGAAAAUAUCUGGCAACAGGAGUUAACACUAGCAAACGGUUCUUUCUUGAAUAUAACAUGUUUGAAAAAUAAUUUUUGUUCAUUAUUUUCCUGUUUGUAUUGCAUGCACAUUUUUGGUGAUUUUCACAACAUGUGCUAAUAACCAUUUGAGAAAGAUGAAGGGGGUUGGGGGUGGGUGUCUAUGUCCCUGUGGUGUUUCUCAUGUGGAAGAGUUAAAUGAUAUUGUUUUCCUCAAUUGAUACUUGAGAUCAAUUUUGAAAACAUUUAAAAUAUCUCUCAAAUCCUAGUAUUAGUAAUCUUUCUACCAGUGCCUGCUACAUUGCGUUUGCUUUUAAAAUUAGAUCUUUUAAUUUAGGAAGGCUCAUAUGUAUAUGUUCUCCACACCACUUCAAACCAAUGGAGAAACUGAAGUUUCUAUUUGUUAUUUGUAUUGUGUGUUCUUCUUAUCAAGUAGCACCAGCAUAAAUAAUAUUCUGUCUACAAUGUACAGUAACAAUCCCUCAGGCUAAAAUAAAACAUUUUAACUUUGGUUGGUUACACUAGCCACUGUUUGAGAUACAUUUUGUAAUGGAAAAAUCAUUAUAAAGUUUUUGAGAAAGUGGCACCAAAUACAUUGUAACCUUGUAUUUUGAAGUUCCUUGAAAUCUGAAUCAAACACAAAGUGCAUGUGUUUGAAAUGUCUGACAUGUUUAAAUUCCAUCCCAUCAUCUAAGCUGGAGAAAACUAAUUUCCAUGAAGGUUUAUUGCUACUGUGUCCCCUCAGAAAAAGUGGUGCUGAUCGUGCUAAUACUGACUUCAGAACUUUAGUAUGCCUUUUUCAAGAAUGGCUAUAUGUGAAAUAGUUGAAAUUUAAUCUAAGAGAUGAAAGGACAUUUAAAAAUAAGCCCUGCUCCCUUAUUUUACUUCAAAGCAAAAUUUACAAGUAUAUCAUUGGUGUUAAACUACAGUGCAAUAUUACAGUAACAGGAAGGGUCAGGGUAUUGUAGAGCAAAGCUUUUCUGACAGCUUAUUGACAUGCUGCAUUUUAAACCAUUUGAUCACUUGCUGCCUAUGACAAUGCUGACAAUCGAUAUGUUAUGAAUCAAAGUGAAAUGAGGCUGAUAUUUUCACACAUUUGUGAAUGGGUGUAUGGUAAGUCCCGCUACAUUUUUCCUGUACAUUAUUUUUAUUGUGCUUAGAAUAGCUAGUGGUGGAAAUUAGUUGCCAGGCAGUUUAGAUUGAUAGAAGUUUAUUUUUCCCUAGGAGGAAAUUUGUCUAUAUACACAUACAAUAUAUUCUGAACACACUGGAAUGGCUAAAAAGGAAGACAACAGAAAAAAGAAAACUUUUGACUUGGCAGUCACAGUAAAGUAUUAUGCUGGCAUAGUGGUGUUGGUAUAAAGGAGCUCCAGCAGCGUUUUCUGACACACUUGUGCUGAAUAAUUUGCUGGCUGUAAGCCUUCAAUGUUAGUGUGUCAGACAGAGCACAUACAGCAUCUAAACAGUUUGGCAUCUAAAGCAGUUCAGACAUAAAACAUGUGCAGAGGUUGAAGGCGAUGAGACAGAACUCCAGAGAAUUAGUUACUUGAUAUAGUCAAAUCUCCAGCAACAAAUUGUCCACAAUGAAUGAUU